GAUCCUCUUGGGCUGUGGGUCAAACCCUUGACAGCUAUGAGUAUGUGAGCUGAGAGACUCAUGAAAUAUCAAUUAAGGACUUUGAUUAUGCUCAUUCAACAAGGAGAAGUAGCUAUUAAGCAGUGCUAAAUCAAGUCCUGGUGUCAAUGAACACAUUUGGUGUGAUUGAUAAACAAUAUCACUGAAUAUGAAUUGACUGGAACAGAAGAAUUGAUCGGGAAACACAAGAGGAUAGAGUUCUUAAAGUGGGAAUUACGAAUGCUGUCAGUGUCCUGAUGUUGGAUAUUGUCUUUAUAUGAAAUUUAAGUCUAGAAACCGAUAGUCAGGAGUUCUUGAACGUUGUUUAGUGGAGUGCCACACUCUGGAUCUCUUCUGAUGCCUUUGAUACAGUCUUUUGUGGAGCAGAAGUGAUAAGGCACUGGUCAGGAUGAGUACCACUAGUGAUGGCAUGCGCCAUGGAGGUCAAGGGGUCGGUAGCAGCGGUCAAGACGAUCAGCUUGAAGCUGAUAUUCAGAGGGCAAUGGCUCUCAGUUUGGAGACGGAACGCUUGGAUGAGCUCAGACGAAAACGCCUUGGCAUCCCUUCUUUGCCAAAGAGGUCUGUGAGUGACAAGAAGCCUGUAGCAGUUACCAAAUCUUGCUCGUCUGCAUUGCCACGGGGUGUGAAAACUUCAUCAGUCCAACAGCAGACUUCAUGUACCUUAUCAUCUGCUCCGAAGGGAGGUGAUUCUUUAGGAGGCUCUUCGAGCACAAGCAGUGCUGCAGAGUUGGACCUCAUGUCUUUUGGAUUUGAUCAUGUAAUGAAGAACUAUAGUGGGCCUCCAGCAGGAGGUGCUGCAAGUGCUACAACAAGACCACCUGGUCCAGGGCCAUUGCCAAGUCCUGUCCAGAGUGGAAUGCCUUUGAAGAGUCUUCACGGCUUUGGUACGGGACAUGGAUUGACUAGGUCUAGUCAGUCUAUGAGACAACCCACAAAUGUUAGCAUGGUAUCACCUAACAUGGAAACGAUUUCUAAGAAUCCAUUUGCACCUUCAUUUUUACCCUUGAACAGUCAGGCUUCAUCUCUGUCAAGAUUUCAUCAAACGAGGGGCAGCUUUGCAGCACCGUGUAGCAGUGCAGACAAAUUUGGACCUGUGCUUGGCAUUUCACAUCCUCAGAAACACAUGAGUCGAUCUUCACCUUCAAGUCCAGAAACGAGACACCGCUUGACAUCGAAGUCGGCAACGACAACUCCAGCUGAAGGCAACACCGUCAAUCAGGAGACGUUUUCUGACCUUUUGUCAUCUCUUGGAGUGGAGAUAGGAGGAUCAAAACCAACCAUUAAUAUUGAGAAAGACUCAACAACUACAAACAAAUCAACAGCAGACGAUGUAAGCUUGAUAAACCUUGCUCCCUCGUUUGAGCAAAUAACAUCCAUCCAUAAGAGCAGUUCUGCAUCAGGAUUAUCAGAACAGCCUCCUCCUCUCCCUCCAAAAGCUCGCAAGAAUCCACAAAGCCAUGUGGGCUCCCACCUUGAGGCGACGACGACGACUUCUUCCAGCAUACGUCGCAUCCAUAGCAAUCCAAGCUUUGGGACAAUGGAAGCAAGUAAAUCCUCACAAAACAUCUCUAGCUUUGGCUUUGCUUCACAGCCAAGUUCACAAACCAUACCCCAACAAGGAGAACUACUUUCAUUUCCGCCUGCUACAACUCCCAGUGAAUCUACAGACUCCAGUGACCUGAUGCUCUUCCGUUCCAGUCUGGCCGACAGAGCCGACUUCUUUGACUUUAGCUACUUUGAUCCUUUGCAGCCACAAACUCCUGAGCCAGCUCCAGAAUCGACCACGACACCAGUUCCUAGUGAACCCCAAAGUCAACAGGCAGGGACUUCAACGGGAGCCCUGGGCAGCUCUGAGUCAAGGUCUGAAGAUCUGGAAGUAAGACCCCGCAGGACUAAACCAUCUGAGGAUGGACAGAGACCAGCGUCCAUUGAGGUUGAGGAAUCAGAACAGGCAGGGAAGAGACCAAGAAGCUUGUAUGGAGCUAAAGGUGCAGCUGUUGAGGUGGCUGAACCUGAGCCGUGGAUACCUAAAUCAGCAGUCACUACUGCAUCAGCAAAGAAAUCUAAGCCAGAGAAGGUAUUCUUCGGAGAUGGAUUAUUUGAUCUGUCCUCUCAACGCGAUGAAGAGGAUGAAACAUUCGCUCAGACAGUUAGCAGGUUACGUAAGAAUUAUCCCAGCAUCGACACCCUGACGAAUCGAGGCUUUGUGAGUUCUCUUAUCUUCUCCAAGCGAAUGCAAGAGGACAUGGAAAUGAGUGUGAAGGUUGUACUUCUCAGACCAAAUGAUAGCGGACCAAUUACUUUCACUUGUGAUGUAAACACAUCAAUUCAACAUGUGAUCAGUCAAGCGCUUUGCUUCGUAGAGGGCGAUAUUGAUAUAUCAAGUGAUUCCUUUGUUCUCAAAGUACCCGGGCAUUCUGAAUAUAUGUACAAUGAGACCAGCCUAGCAAAUUAUGAAUAUGUGCAAGAGUGCUACAAGUUUGACCAAGAUGUCCGCCUUACACUCGUUAGACGGGAGAAAAUGGAUCUAUCUCUGGGGAGAACGAGUGCCGAUGAUGAAGGUGAUGUAGGAAUGAGUACAUUCUCCAAUCUCUUUGAUAGGCCAGUCACUACAUCAGUAUCAAAAAUGGGAAUCAAUGUCUUAAUGGAUGCCUUCACAACAGAGUCAGAGAAACUCAAGAAAGCAGUUGAGGCCAAGGUUCAUCAACCCUACGUGGGUCCUCUUGUCCAAACGGUCAAAGCUAUUUGCGCCACUCUCGCCUCCGUGGAAUCCAACAGUGUGACCAUGGCGGUCAAGAUCCUUCAGACCGGUCACUCACCUCUCCUUGCCCUGGAACGACUGACCGAUGCUGUCCUUCAGCUUGUUGAUAUCUACUGCCAGGCCUUUGAUACCGAUCUUGGACCGGAGCUGUCGCCGGGCGUGGCCUCCAAGAGGGGGACGAUCGAGGCCGGUCUGGAAGACAUCACCACCCUGGGACAGUGCUUAAGGGUCAAGAUAGCUUCGGCACAUAGGCUUCCUCUGCAGUGGAAAAAUGCUCAUGACAUGUUUGCAGUCACCUGUCAGGUGUUUUAUGGCGGUCAGCCGGUCCACACCCAGGUUGAGACAUGGCCGUCAAGAAUCUCCAAUGGAUUCUUUGAUAAAGUCACAUGGCAUGAAGAUGUGGAGCUUCCGAUACCAAUCAGCAGAUUGCCAAGAGAAGCAAGAAUCUGUCUCACGUUAUGUGGAGUGGACAUGAACAGUGGAGAGAGAACGGUGCUUGGAUGGGUAGCUGUACCACUGUUUAACUUUAGAAGUGUUCUUCUGACAGGCAGUCAGUUGCUGGGCUUAUGGCCUGAGAGUCGUGCUAACCCUAUUGGAACUUGUGCCUCCAACCUUCUCAGUCCAAACAGUGCUAUUCUCCAGGUUGACUUCCCGACGUUCAAGCAUGUUGUGAUCUUUCCUCCCAUCGAGCCUAAGAAAGCGGUCAAUCGUCCCACCAGUUUCACAGCAUUAGAAGAGCAUGAGCAGUAUCGGCUUCAUGGUAUCCUCAAGAAAGACUCGUUAUCACCAUUGAGGGAGGAUGACGCUACGUUCCUGUGGAACAAACGUCACUUCUGCACCCGUAUCAGCUGGGCUUUAGCCAGGGUCUUACAGGUAGCACCCAGCUGGGAUUGGGCCUGUCUGGCUGAUGUCUAUGCUCUGAUGGAGGAAUGGGUUCCCUUAGAUCCCCUAGACGCUCUUCAGCUUCUUCACCCAAGGUUUGCUGAUCAACAUGUAAGGUCAAAGGCUGUUCAGUGGAUCCAACCUCUGGAAGACGAUGAACUAUGUGAUUACUUGCCACAACUUGUACAGGCGCUGAAGUAUGAGAGUUAUCAUGACUCUGCCCUGGCUAGUUUCCUCAUUGAACGUGCUUUAAGCAGCAUUCGAAUAGCACAGUACCUCUACUGGUACCUUCAUGAUAGCAAGCAUGAUCAUAAGUUCAGUCAGAGAGCCGAGAUGGUAUUGUGUGCCUCGCUCAGCGUCUGUGGACGAGCUUUGCGUCAACAGUUCAGGAAGCAAGAUGCUCUGAUGCUGAAUCUGAGCAACAUCGCUGAACAGGUCAAAGCCGCUAAAGACUCAGUGAGACCGGCUCUUCUUCACAAGGCUCUAGGAACUCUUCCUGCAGACCUGUCACAGAAGGUUCGUCUACCAACCAACCCAAGCUUGGAAAUCAACGGCAUCGAUGUACAGGCAUGUUCAUACUUUACGUCUUUCACUGUUCCUCUGAAGCUACAUUGCCGUAAUAUAGAUCCAAUGGGAGAAGACAUAGUCAUUAUGUUCAAGGCUGGGGAGGAUAUGAGACAAGAUAUGUUGACAAUGCAGAUGAUUCGUAUCAUGGAUAAACUAUGGCUAGCUGAUGGUCUAGAUCUAAGGAUGGUCACUUUCAGAUGCAUGACAACAGGAGCACAUAGAGGUCUUGUUGAGUUGGUUCCUGAAUCUGAAACGCUUCGGAAGAUACAGGUCGAGCAUGGGGUCACCGGAUCCUUUAAGGACAAGGUCCUAGCAGAAUGGCUCCAGAAGCAUAACCCAACGGAACUCAACUAUCAGAAAGCCGUGGAGAACUUCACUUACUCCUGUGCUGGGUACUGUGUCGCUACCUACGUUCUCGGCAUAGGGGAUCGUCACAACGACAACAUCAUGGUCACAAAGACUGGUCACAUGUUCCAUGUGGACUUUGGUAAAUUCCUUGGGAACGCCCAGAUGUUUGGCAACGUCAAGAGGGACCGAACGCCUUUCGUAUUGACCUCUGACAUGGCGUAUGUCAUUAACGGAGGAGAGAAGUCAAGCAGUCGAUUCCAAGAGUUCAUUGACCUUUGCUGUGAAGGGUUUAAUCUCGUCAGGAGGCAUGCUAACCUCUUCUUUAAUAUCUUUGGCUUGAUGCUGAAUACUGGUAUCUCCCAGUUGUCUAAGGCUGAAGACCUGAAGUAUGUCCAGAAUGCUCUCAAGCCACAGGCCAGCGAUGUUGAAGCUACUGCUAUGUUUACCAGGAUGAUAGAAGCAAGUCUUGGAGCCAAGUCGACUCAGAUCAACUUCUUCUUUCAUAACCUGGCUCAGAUGAGUUUCUCGGCGUCCAGCAGCACAGAACUAUCCUUCGCACCAAAGAGAUACACUCUUGCCACUGAUGGGAAAAUCCAAGAAGCUUCAGUCUUUGGUAUACAGAAGAGAUACGAGACCGAAAAAUAUUAUGUAUACAUCGUGAGACUUCUGCGAGUUGGUUCAACCGUCCCCACAUUUAUCUUCCGUCGAUACAGUGAGUUUGAAGAGCUCCACGACAAGCUUGGUCUCCUUUACCCUCAGCAUGGGCUGCCUCCUCUUCUAUCGCAUAGAAGGGUCGGAAGGACGCAUGUCAAGCAGGUCGCUGAACGCAGGAAGAAGGAGCUGGAAAGAUACCUCAGGUGGCUCUUUACCAUGCCUCCAGAAGUUUCCCAGUGUGACUUGGUCUACACGUUCUUUCAUCCAUCCUUGAGGGAUGAGAAAGAUGCUGGUCAAGCAACAAGUGACAAGGUCAAAGCGAGUACGAAUGAAGAGGAAGAAGAGAGUGUGAUCCAUACGAAAGGAGGUCAGGUCGGAGGUCAGGUCAAACUUGCCAUUCAGUACCGACAGGGGGCGCUCUUCAUUAUGGUCAUUCAUGCAAAGGACUUGGGGUCAACGGACGGUGGUGACCCGGAUCCCUAUGUCAAGACGUAUUUGACCCCUGACCCUCAGAAGGUCACGAAGAGAAAGACGCGAGUGGUCCGCAAGACGCGUAACCCAACAUACAAUGAAAUGCUAGUGUACAAGUACUCCAAACAAGAGAUUGAGAGACGGACUCUACAUCUGACUGUGUGGAACUCGGACUUACUCAAAGAAAAUGCCUUCCUGGGUGCCACAAACAUCCCUCUCAACAAAAUGGACCUGUCCAAAGAAACCACUAAAUGGCACCAUUUGGGAGAUCUCACCUGAGUGUAACAGGGGUGCAAAGAACUCGAUCUCACAGAGAAUUGAUUAAAUUUUUUUCUCCAGAUUUUGUAAAUGAUCUGCCAUAUACUAAACUUGGUAAUUGAGUGUGUAUUUCAUGUGUAAGAAAACAUGCUUCAUUAUGAUAAUGAUUUCCUUUCUCUCUAUUUUGGUCUUAUUAUAUAUAUUCUUACUGUCGACUACUAAUGAUAGUUGAAGAUUUUUUUACCCCCCCCCCAUAGUUAUUCAGGGGAAGUUCACCUUAACAAUAUAACUGGAUUUAGUAAAAGAAUUAGAAUUAGAAAAAAAAAAUAUUGGAGAAAGUUUGGUGACAACCAGUCAAAGAUAACAGAGAUAAGAACUUUUUAAAGUUUUGAUUUGAUGACAUCACAGGUAAGCAGUUCCUUCAUAUUUCAUUUAAGUAUGUGAUAAAUGUGAUCUGAAUUUAGAAAUAUGCCAUUUUCUACAAAAAUUUGAAAGGAUUUAUCAUCAGAUGCAUCAUGUUCGGUUCAAAUAAUUGAAUUUAUUGAAAGUUUGUAUAUAACCCGAUAUAUUGGGGAGCUGCUUAUAUUAUGACAUCACAAAUAAAAUUUUUAAAAUCUGAUAUUCUCUUAGGCCGUUUUCAUACUGGAGGUGAAACUCCCCCAAGCGGAAAUGAAUGAAGUUUUUCGUGAGGUAGGUGAUACCGCGCUGCUGGUGCGGACUUACUCCGUUUGUAUGGUAACCCUCUUCUCGAAGUGGGUUGAGUACUCCGCUUUGAAUCCGGAUCAAAAUUAUCCUAGAAUUUUCAUACUGCCCUCCAAAGUGGCGUAACUCCUUCUGGAGUCUGGAGUAACUCCACUUUGAAAGUCAGUAUGAAAGUGGUAUGAUAGACUUCCAUCAAACAUUCACCAAUAUUUUUAUCAAUUUUUUUCUGUUUUAGAAAUAAACAACCUAUGGUCUGUGUGAACUUCCCUUUUUAUUGUACAGACUGAUGUAAUUAGUCUCAGAACUAUAUCGAGCAUAAACAUAAUAAACUGCCUUCAUAAUUUGUAUGUUAGUAAUUCUUUGCUUGAUAUUGUUGUUGUGGUUAGGUCAAAAUGGUGUCUUAUUGGCCUAUUUUCUGGACUUCAGUUUAAAGAGAAAUUCCAGUAGUUGCAGUAAACACUGAUUUCAUGAGAAAGUCUGUAAAACCAGGCUUAAUUGUCAGUAUAUCAUCGAGGAUCUAGAUAUGGUACAGUUACAUAAACUGAACUUUGUGAAAUCUUGAAAUCUACGCUGAAAAAUGUUCAGACUGAACUUCCCCAACACAGAUAAGCGCACGUGGGACUGUGUAUAAUUAGUGCUUUGAGCGUCGGGCCCGACGCUCUACCCGAAUCCUGUGCUUAUUUGCUGAUUUCUCAGCAAUUACACAAUUUUUUCCAGAAUCCUUUGGCACAUGCGUUUUAUUUAUACAAACAGACAUUUUGGUGGUCAUUUCAUUGGAUUCUGUACGAACUCAUUUUGAUAUCGUUACCAAAACUAGCAUUUACCUUUAAUUUGAUCUCUGGGCGUCUUCUUACAAAGAGUUGCGAUUGAUCAGAUCAACCACAACUAUGGAAAGCCAGCAAUGUCAACAUCUAGAAUACAUGUUAAACCACAACUUUAGACCGGAGUUUAGAAUUAAACCCGACUUCAGACUAAAGGCCAUAGAGUUUAUACAUGUAUAGCAUUAUUUUUGAAGAACUGGGCUCCAUAACACAAAGCAUAACAAUUGAUCGUACGCUUGAUUUUUACGAUUUAUUGUACAUUGUAGUCAAUGCAAUCAAUCGUGAAAAUUUGUUCUACGAUCAUUGCUAAGCUUUGUGUUACGGGCUCCUGACUAUGACU